GGGCUUAUCUUUCCUGCUUAUGCUAAAAGUUUCUAAUUAACGAAUAAUGGCGGCUAUUUUUGAAGGAAUUGUAGAUACGUUCUCUAAUAUUAUACUAGGAGAAAAAGGAACUAAGGGUGAAUGGGAAAAAGAACACCGUUACAAGUCUUUUGCUUCUGAAAGAGAAGGUUGUCAUGUAAAAUGGUAUGUCGACGGUAAAGACUAUUUUUAUGCUGUCUCAGAAGCCCUUAUGAGUGCCGAAGAGGAGAUUUUCAUUGAAGACUGGUGGCUUUCACCUGAACUGUAUCUUCGCAGACCACCUGCCAAGAAUGAAGAAUAUCGUCUUGAUAAUCUUCUUAAAAAGAAAGCACAACAAGGAGUGAAAAUUUAUGUUGUUCUCUAUAAGGAAAUGACCCAGGCUUUGACUUUGGAUUCCAGUCACAGCAAACGUUCUUUGCAGGGUUUGGACAAGAACAUUCUUGUGCAAAGACAUCCUGACCAUGAUCUUGGUGGCACUUUCUUUUGGGCGCAUCACGAGAAAAUUGUAGUUGUCGAUAGAAAAACUGCUUUUAUUGGUGGUUUAGAUUUGUGCUUCGGUCGUUAUGAUACAUCAUCGCAUCAACUCGCUGAUUUCCAGCAAACUUCUAAAAAUUAUUCUAUUUGGCCUGGUCAAGAUUAUUCAAAUCCUAGAAUUAAGGACUUCUUUGAUGUGAAAGUAUGGGCACAAGCUUUAAUUGAUAAAAAAAAUACCGCUCGUAUGCCAUGGCAUGAUGUAUCUAUUGGUUUUGUUGGCAGACCAGUACUUGAUGUUGCACGUCAUUUUAUUCAACGAUGGAACUUUAUCAAAAAAGAAAAAGCCGAAAACCGUCCCGAAUAUCCAGUUUUGAUUGCCAUGUCUGAUCGACGAAGUGAUAAAAAAGAUCCUCCAACAGUCAGAAGUUUCGAAUAUGGUAACAAAAAAAUUGAUUGUCAUCCGCAUGAGGGUAAAUGUAACAUUCAAAUUAUCAGAAGUAGUGCUAAGUGGAGUCAUGGACUUGAUGAAGUAGAGCGUUCAAUCCAAAAUGCUUACAUCGAAAUAAUUAGCAAGGCUAAGCACUUCAUCUAUAUUGAAAACCAAUUUUUCAUUACUGCUACGAAAGAAAGUAAUGAAUAUCCCGUAAAAAAUCUUAUUGGAAAGGCAAUAGUGGAAAGAAUUGUUAGGGCUCAUAAAAAUAAAGAACGAUUCAGGAUUGUCGUCGCCAUGCCUUUGCUUCCAGCUUUCCCAGCUGAACUUGACUCCAGUGAUGCUGGUACUGUUCGUCUAGUUAUACAUUACCAAUAUCAAUCGAUUUGUCGAGGUGGACAGUCGAUUCUUGAAGUUUUAAGUAGAGAAGGCGUUGAAAAUCCUAGUGAUUACAUUGAAUUUUAUGCACUUCGUACUUAUGACGAACUAGACUUUGGUGCUAUAAAAAAAGGUUUGGGUGUAUUGGAUGAUGAAAAAAAAGUUGUCAGUUCCGGGGAACAAUCUGGUGCGGAUCCGGCUAUUCCUCAAGCACCUGUUGAUCAAGAUCCUACUGGCUCCUACAUUACUGAAGAAUUGUAUAUUCAUACUAAACUUCUAAUUGCUGAUGACAGAAUUGUCAUCUGUGGCUCUGCUAAUUUGAAUGAUAGAUCACAAAAUGGCGAUCACGAUUCUGAAAUUGCUGCUGUUGUCGAAGAUAAGGAUUACAUAGACUCCAAGAUGGCCGGCAAUGAUUGGAAAGCCGGAAAGUUUGCAGCCACUUUACGUCGUAAAAUCUUCAAAGAACAUCUUGGCCUGCAUAAUGAAACUGAUCAUGAAAGAGUUACUACAGUUUGUUAUCCGCCACCGUUAACUAUUGAUACUUAUGAUCAGCAUGAACUUAAUGAACUUGCUAAAGAUGAUGAUAAAGUUUUAGAUCCACUUAGCGAUAGUUUCACCAACCUUUGGCGACAAACUGCUAAAGUUAAUACAGAGGCUUUUCGUAAAGUGUUCCAUUGUGUUCCAGAUGAUACUGUUUUAAACUGGGAUGAUUACAAAUCGUUCGUUCCAGACAAAAAGAAAGUUUUAACUGGUCACGUUUGUGAUCCUGAAAAAUUAUCCAAAGAAGGAGUCAAGUCUGAAUUAAAUAAAGUAAAGGGUCAUUUGGUUCAAUUUCCAUUGAAAUUCAUGAGUAAAGAGAGAUUGUCAGGAUCCGUUGUAUUUGAUAACGUCACUCCUAUGGAAAUAUUUACUUAAUUUAAAAAAGUUAUUUUAUAUAUACAAUUAUUUACUAUUUAUUUAAAUUAUAUUCUAAGGAACUGAUUCAAGUUACUUCUUUUAAAUUAAAAAAAAAAUAAAUAAAUAAAAUAUUCAAUUAUUCUGAUCUUUACGUGUUAAAUUGGAUCAUUAAUAAAUAAUCUAAUUUAUAAUUAAAAUUAUUCUACGUU